UAUCACCAGUAAUUGUAAUGUCGGUAGUUUAGUAUUGGUUUUGAAAAAAUAUGGCCGUAAUGGAGGGUUCUCUGAGUAAAUGGACAAACGUGAUGAAGGGAUGGCAAUAUAGGUGGUUCGUUUUGGACGACAACUCGGGCCUUCUGUCAUACUAUACCUCAAAAGAAAAGAUGAUGCGAGGCGUGCGGAGAGGCUGCGUCCGAUUGAAAGGGGCCGUGAUCGGGAUCGACGACGAGGACGACAGCACCUUCACCAUAACGGUGGACCACAAGACGUUCCACUUUCAGGCUCGCGACGCCGAAGAACGGGAGAAAUGGGUGCGCGCCCUGGAGGACACGAUAAUACGGCACGGAAGUCGGAUAAAAUGGGAUAUGCAACAACCAUCACCAACGAUAAAAGACUUUGACAACAAAGUGUCGGAGGCGGAUGCUUACUUGCAGCUAAUGAUCGACCAGACCAAGAAACUAGAGGAGAGGGUAACAUCGAUGUCAGACUCCGAAGAAAAAACUAAAGGCCAAAUGAUAUUGAAUCAAGCAAACGACAUGUUAAACAAUGUGAAGCAUUCCAUUGUACUUCUACAAAUUGCAAAGAACACAGCCCAUCCAGUAAAUGGAAUUUAUUCAGCUAGAACAGAACCACCAAGCAAUACUAGUCCAGGAGACGCAGAGAUUAUAGCUUUGCCUGGAGAAGCGUCCGUUCAACAAGGUAUUGAAUUAGGGUCUGAGUGUUUAGAGAAUGCCCGAAGGCACAGCAGAACAAUCGGUGCCACAGCGUCUUUGGCAGUGCCAGAUAUGUCGUACUCAAGUUCGGAAGGGGAGGAAGACUUCUACGAUGCCAACGAUUCCCCUUUCACGUGUAGUCAGUUACCUUCACCAACUAGUUUAAGAUCGUUUGACAAUGAUCACCAAGCCAAUCCGAACGCCCUUUCUAAACAGGAUAGUAUUAUACCGAACUCCAGAACACCGUCCAUUAGACAGGAAAGCGUUACAUCUAGAAUCACAAACACAGACGAAUUAGACUAUGACGCUCUUUAUGAAGACGACGACGAUGGUGACCUCAUAUUGGAAAAUCAGGGAUCCGUUAUUAGACAUCUGCUCGGUCAGGUGAAGAUCGGCAUGGAUCUGACGAAAGUAGUACUACCUACAUUCAUACUAGAGCGAAGAUCACUUCUGGAGAUGUACGCGGACUAUUUCGCCCAUCCCGAUCUAUUUUUAAGCAUAGUCGAUUUAAAAACGCCGAAAGAACGCAUCGUUCAGGUGCUGAAGUGGUACCUGUCGUCAUACCAUGCUGGCAGAAAGAGUUCGGUGGCAAAGAAACCGUACAAUCCAAUCCUGGGUGAAGUCUUCAAGUGCCACUGGAACGUCGAGAAUCAGGCGUGUGAAGACGAAGUGCCGGACGGUCCAGUGCCUUGGUGCAAACAGAACCAGCUGUCGUUCAUUGCCGAACAGGUCUCGCAUCACCCGCCGAUAUCCGCCUUCUAUGCUGAGCAUUACAACAAGCGCAUCAGCUUCAACGCCUACGUGUACACCAAGUCAAAGUUCCUUGGGCUGUCUGUUUGCGUGUACAACAUUGGCCAGGGCGUGGUUUCAGUGCUGGACCACGACGAAGAGUACGUGCUUACAUUUCCCAACGGUUAUGGAAGAUCUAUACUAACUGUGCCGUGGAUCGAGCUCGGCGGCCAGGUGACCAUUACGUGCGCCAAAACUGGUUACUAUUGCAACGUCGAGUUUCUAACGAAACCGUUCUAUGGCAACAAGAAGAACAGAGUUGUCGCCGAGGUGUUCGGGCCCGAAGACAAAAAGUCAUUUCUCAGCGUACAGGGAGAAUGGAAUGGCGUUAUGGAGGCCAAAUGGAACGAUAAGGAUACGGAAGUUUUCAUAGACGUAAACGCAAUGCCCAUCAACAAAAAGAUUGUGCAGCCAAUAAGAAACCAGGCAGAUAAUGAGUCCAGGAAGUUGUGGAAAGAAGUUACGGCCGGUCUCAGGUUUAAUGAAAUCGAUAAGGCGACAAAUGCCAAGCAAGCUUUAGAACAAAAGCAAAGAGACGAAGCCAAAGAACGCAAAGAAUCAGGGAAAGAAUGGAAGACUAAGGAGUCCCCCAUGAAACUAUUCAAAAAAGGUCAGGAAGAAAGUUGGCUGUACACCAAACCCCUUCGACAAAGGCUAGCUCAAACAUCGAAAACUUGAACACGAAAUUAGUUCAUUAAAAAUUGAGAAAAUACUGUGCUUAUCUUAACUAUUUUCUACCUUACACACGGACAAUUGUUUUUCAGAAUUAUUAGUGAACUGUGAUAUAUCAUGAAAGUGUACCGAUUCAUGUAAAACAAAUUGUUUUUAAUUGAAUGCAGUUAUGUAACGUCUAAGAAAAACUUGUUUCCUCAAAUAAAAACAAACGUAUCGUUCUUGUAUUUUUGGCAAAACAGUUGAACUUUUUUGUACUUUCAAUAUUGAAACAUAACUAACUUCAUAAAAGAACAAACUAGGUUUGUAAAAAUCCUCGGUAUGUAUUAAUGUCUGCUGCAGGACAGCAUUUAUUUUUCUUUCUUAGUAUGUAUUAUAUACUGAUUUCUUGUUUAAGAAAUUUUUUGACUACUUUCUAUGGUUAUAAUUCAGUUCAGUUAUUUUACCUCUUUUAUAAAGUUUCUAAUUAUUUUUUUAUAUUUUAUAUGUGACAUGCCUGAAAGGGUAAAUGGUAGUACAAUCAGAAAAUUUGUAUGUGACUUACUUCCAAAUAAUUCCUAAAUAAAUGAUAUAUACAUAUCAGAUCCCCUAUAAU